AUGCUUCACCUCCUAACCCUCAUCUGUCUCUGGAUCACCACCACAUCCUCUUCUGUCACACGACUAGGCUUCGCCACACCAGACCCAGGUCCCGUUAAAAACCUCAACACCACUCCCGUGACCUUCUCCCCGAAAUGCAAGCCCUUCCCCGCAACCUACAACCCCGCCGAAUGGGCACUAACCAUCCAACCCGAAUGCCAACAAGCACUCGACUACUUCAAAACCUGGGCCCAAGCGACUCCCAACUUCCCUCUCAUGAAGACCUUCGACGAGACAUGCACCUGGUAUGAUCUCCCCUGCGUCUACGCGCCCACCUACUUCGUCUUCAACGACUGCGCUUUCACCUUCUACCUCCUCGACGGGGCCGUAGAACUACCCAGCAUGAGGACCGUCGAUGCCAUCAAUAAAGCCGGGAAUGUGCUCAAUGUGUGUAAGUAUUAUGGCGAGCUGCAGAUCGAUGCGAAUGUUGAGGUUGCUAUUAUGGAUGGCUUGCAGGCGUUGAGGGAGGCGCAGGGAAAUGGGAAUCCGGUCUUUCCGCCCCAGAUGGUGCCGGUCUUGCAGUUCCGCAAUGCGACUGUUCCGCCGGGGUUGGUGGGGAGUGUUAGUGCGUUGAGUAAUCGGACGCUUGAUGCGGAGGUCGGUGUGGCUGGGAAUGGGAGUGUGAGUGUGAGUGGCGUAGGCGCUUCUUCGACAAGCCGGUUCGAGACGACUUCGGUACAACAGGCGCCGACGCAGAUGGCGGUGGGGACGUUGAGUACGCCGAAGGUUGGGAGUUCUGAUGAGCCUUAUCGAUUCAAGAGGAGAGUUUGA